AUGGCAUUCCCUCAGCCCUUAGUUCUACCACCAGGUAUUGAGGCCUCUCGUUUUGAGGCCUACCUCAAGGCUGUUACAGAAGUGGUAGGGGCUGAAAACGUUACCGUCAUUCACAGCGAAGAUGUCCUUACCAAGGAGUCCUACCUGGACCCUUCAAAAGCCCAUGACAUGUUUCAUGUCUUUGACAAGGACUACUUCAUCGCCUCGGCCGUGGUAGCUCCUCGCAAGGUCACAGAGGUGCAAGCUGUCAUGCGGCUAUGCAAUGAGUUCAAGGUUCCCGUGUGGCCAUUUUCCAUUGGUCGCAAUGUCGGCUACGGCGGCGCCGCACCGCGUGUCCCCGGCAGCAUCGGCCUCGACAUGGGAAGGAACAUGAACAAGGUGCUCGAGGUCAGCGAGCAGAACGCUUACUGCUUGCUGGAGCCGGGCGUGUCGUAUACGGAUUUAUAUAAUUACUUGGUUGAGAAGAAGCUGAACGACAAGCUCUGGGUCGAUGUGCCUGAUCUCGGCGGUGGCUCUGUCCUCGGAAACUGCAUGGAGCGUGGUGUUGGCUACACACCGUAUGGCGACCACUUCAUGAUGCAUUGUGGUAUGGAGAUUGUACUGCCCAAUGGAGAGCUUGUGCGGACGGGCAUGGGAGCUAUGCCGAAUCCUAGCGCAUCCUCAUCCGAUGGAACUAUUGACGAGCAGCCUGGAAACAGAUGCUGGCAGUUGUUCAACUACGGUUUUGGACCUUACCACGACGGCAUCUUCACCCAGAGCAACUACGGUGUCGUAGUCAAGAUGGGAAUGUGGUUAAUGCCUAACCCCGGUGGAUACCAACCUUACCUGAUCACAUUUGAGAAGGACAGCGACCUGCCACAGAUUGUUGAGAUCAUUCGCCAGCUCCGACUGGCCAUGGUGUUGAUGAAUGUUCCUAGCAUUCGUCACAUUCUCCUUGAUGCUGCGGUGCUGGGCGACAAGAAAUCUUACAAGAAUGUCGACCGGCCUCUGACAGAAGAAGAGCUGGUGGAGAUACAGAACCAACUUGGCUUGGGUCGCUGGAACUUUUAUGGCGCUCUGUACGGACCCGAAAUCAUGCGCAACGCGCAGUGGGAGGUGAUCAAGGGAGCUUUUGGCCAGAUUCCCGGCUCCAAGUUCUUCUGGCCCGAGGAGGGCAAGCAGUCGCCGGGUGUCCUCGACAUCCGGGCCAAGACACUGGCGGGUAUCCCGACCACGGACGAGCUCAAGUGGGUGGACUGGCUGCCCAACGGCUCGCAUCUGUUCUUCUCGCCCAUCUCUGAGAUCACGGGCGACGCUGCUAACCUGCAGUACUCUAUCACCAAGAAGCGCGUGCUCGACGCUGGUUUCGACUUUAUUGGUACCUUUACCAUUGGCAUGCGGGAGAUGCACCACAUUGUCUGCCUCGUCUUUGAUCGCAAGAGCCCCGAGCAGCGUGAGAAGAUGCACAAGCUGAUUCGCACGCUAAUUGACGACUGCGCCGCGCACGGCUGGGGCGAGUACCGUACGCAUCUGGCACUCAUGGACCAGAUUGCCGAUACAUAUAGCUGGAACGACCAUGCAUUGCUGAAGUUUAGCGAGAAGCUCAAGGACGCGAUUGACCCGAAUGGUAUCCUAGCGCCCGGAAAGAAUGGCGUUUGGCCAGCGUCCUACAACAAGGAGCAAUGGAGGCUCACAGGUGCAUCGUCCCUACAGAGGCGAUCUUGA